AUGGUCGUGAAAAAGUCCCUGAAGAAACCGACGCGGCGUUGCGGAGGCAGGUUAAUGUGCUGGACGAGGGACCGGCCGCUGGAUCUCUUCACCAGCCGCCCUCCGGCCGCGUCCAUCUUGAUGGCAAGCUCGGUGGUGGGGGCGAUGAAGUAAACAAGGUCGGUCACGGCCGCUUUUGAGCCGCGCAAAAGCUGUUUGGAGCGCGGCGGUGGAGGGUCCAUGUUGAUGGACACUUGGUGCGGAUUGAGCGGCUCCAGGUCCGUCAUUGUGUGCACCCAGAUCAGAGCUUGCAGGGAGAUCAGAGAGGUGCGCACUAUUUGGAGUAGAGGUGCGCGCGCACCUGAGCGGUGUGCACUUAUUGGAAUGGGACAUUUCGACUUGACUUCUUAGGUUUUGUGGCGGUCAGGUUGGGGAUCGCAGGGAGUCAGUGACGGACCUGCACCGUUUGACGAUAGCCACAGGGGAAAAGUCCCGUAGCCUGCUGAAAGUAAGAGAAAAAAAGACCACCAUGGCUGAGGAGACAUCAAAUGGCUUCCCAGAGAAAGAGGCACAGGGAGUGACAGAGAUUGAGUUGCUGGCUCAGGAGCUGACAAGAGCUGCUGAGAACUGCAGUGACACCACUCUCAGCGAACUGGAGAAACGGAAACUGAAAACAGAGGAGAACUAUGCUGCAGCGCUGGACCAGAUAGCAGCAAACAUGGCCGCCUGGCGUUCUCUGUUGGACGAGAAGGAAGAAGAGCUGCGUCAGUCAGUGGAGGAGACCAGAGCCAGAAAAAUGGCGGCCUUUGCCGAGAGAGAGUCACUCUUCACUGGACAAAUAAACCUGGCUAGGAAACUGGUGGCAGACUCGGGGGUGUCAGAGACGUCAUCUCGAGAACUGCUGGAUGAGGGACCCUCUCUCCUCACCUCUCUCUCCUCCCCCCUCUCCCCUCACCACUCCCACCUCACGGCCCACCCGGGUCUCGGGUUCUGCUCCAACAUCCACGACUACAUCGUCAAGGCUCUCUCUAUGGGGAUGUGGGUAAGUGGUGAGGAUGUGAUGGUGGGAGAAAGGGUAGUGGUGAGUGCAGUGGGAGGACUACAGCCCAACGGAACAUUCUGGGUCCGCUGCGUCACUUCAAACCCUUGGAAACUGGAGUACGCCCUCCAGUAUAUAUCUGACUCACUGUCUGAGGUCCCGCAGUCGUGUGACCCACUGGAAGAGUGUUUGCCGGGACAACUAUGCGUCGGUCGAUUCUCGCAGGACGGUCGCUGGUACAGGGCCGUCGUCACCAGUCUGCCCAGCCCGGGAGUGGCGAAGUACUUCUUCCUGGACCAUGGAGGAAGUGAGGAGGCCCCCCUCUCCUCUCUCUACCCCCUCCCCGACAGGUUCCGAGCCCUACCUUUCCAGAUGAUCCACGUCAGACUGACCUCUGACCUCUCCAUCGACUUCAACACCAGAGAGAUGAGGUGGAGUUUUACUGACUGCACCCACAACAAGCACCUGGUGGCCGAUGUUCUCGGGCGGAGCGAGGUGGACAAGGCGGGGCCGGUUUAUCUGAUCCGUCUCGAGGACCACACCCAGGAGCAGGUGUUUGACGUGGGGAAGAUUUUGGUGACUGCCGCCAGAGUCAAGGAGCCAACAUCAAAGUUCAAGUCGAGGGAUAUACGUUUCACAGAAAAGAUGGCCACACCCACUACAACCACAACUGCUAACGUGAUUACUCAGAGGGAGACCCCGCCCAACGAUGUCGUCCCGUCCUCUCAACAGAACGGUGAAGAAAGAACUAUUCAGAUAUCCUCCGACCCGCCGACUGAAGCCAUGAAUGACGAGAGGGAGGUGGGAGGAGCCUCGCAAUCUUUAGCCCCGCCUUCUGAUGUUCACACUGUCCCACCAUCACUAGUCACACAUGGCACCUCCCCUCCUCCCUCCACUGUAUCACCAUCACAAACCACGCCGCAGCUACAGUCAGACUCCUCCUCCCCUCCUCGUCUCCCCACACCCUCCCCACUUGUCACAGGGUCACCAAACUCACAACGUUCCACAUCUGCACUCCAGACCGAAGGAGGUCUCGAUUCCGUUCCAAAUUCCGAUACCACUCCAAAUGACAGUGGAACCGAUAUGUUCCUACCUACUGAUGACAGUCGUGAUUCCAUUCCACCUCAAGAUAUCCCGGAUCUCAAUUCCAUUCCACAUAGUAAAGACCCUCCAACCAGUUCCGAUUCAGGCGUCAGUCCUCAUUCCAUUCCACUGACAAAGGAGUCACAAACUGGAACCAAACCAGGACCUCUGCAACUGGACGAGGUGGAGGGAGUGUUGCGCAAUGCUGGUGUUGCCAAUGACGACAAAGACCAGGCAGGAGAGGAUGAAGUUGUGGAGGCAGUUGAGAAUAUUCAUCCAUCGGUGAAGAUUGGAGUGAGACUGGAGGUGGAGAUUGUUACGGAGCUGUCUGCAGAGGGCAGCUUCUGGUGCCAGCUGGUCCUCUCCUCAGAGAUAGGAGCCUCCUACGACCGUCUCCAGGAGACUCUGCAGGUCGGGGCAGGCCGCGGAGACAACGAGGCAUUCACACCAGUCUUCUACCACGAGGGAGAGCUCUGCACUGCCCGGUUCUCAGAGGACGAGGACUGGUACCGGGCCCGGAUUGAGAGAGUCUGUCCUGGAGCGCCUCUCAUGACAUUCACUGUCAGGUACAUUGACUUUGGAAACUCCGAGGAGAGACAGCAACACGAGCUCAUACCUCUAGGGUCAAAGUUCAAACUCCUCCCACCUCGAGCGAUUCACUGUAACAUAGCGACCACCGAUCACGUCACGUUCACACGAGAGGAAUGUGAGAAAUUUGACGAUGUCACUACUACGGAAGGGCUGUCUAUUGAAGUGCUUGCAGUCAAAGAAGAGUUCCGUCAACCUGUGAGUGUUCGUCUGUUCAAGACACACACCAAUAAUCCGCCGGUGGAAGUGAUGGAACUGAUGUUUACUGCAGGCAAGCCAGCUGUCAAGCCAGUCCCCAGGAGACAGUGGUCCAGUUCCACUGACUUGGAAACACAGACAAUUGGGCAUGUGGCGGACUGGGCGUCCCACAUGGAGGACCAGCCAGAGGACUCCGUCUUCCUCACCCUUCCCGGACACGAGUCAUCACGAGAGACCACGCCCCUCGCCCGUGAGGCCACACCCACCAAUGACAUCACUUCCUCCUCCCAGAGAGAAGUCACAACCAAUCAAAGGGCUGAUAGUAACUUACUUAGAGAACCCAAGGAGACCAGACUCACCACCCGAAAGGAAGUCAGGCUCAGGGAGACCACACCCACCAUGCCAACGGAAACCACACCCAACAUCCGAAGGGAAGCCAUGUCCAGGGAGACCACACCCACCGUUCAAAGGAAAACUACACCCAUCAUUCAACAAAACACCACCUUUAGACAACAGACAGCAUCGCCUGUUGCUACGGUCACAUCGGCAAGAAGUGUGACUCCUCAGCGGGAGACCACACCCACCCAUCAAGAAGCCACACCCACCCAGUGGGCCCCCCUAAGGUCUUCAAACUUCCUACAACGUGUUCCUCCUAGCAGCAGAGAUUCCUCACGUCCGAGACAGGCAAGGCUCGACCUCAGUAGAGCUAAACAUAGCAUCAUGUCCAGUCUGGGAGGAGCCAAAACUGUGCCCCGCCCCCUUCGCCAUGACGACUCUGAAGGUUCGCCCAACUUGAGAAGGACAAGACACUCAAGACAAGACCAUGCUAAUCCGCACGGAAAACUCUACGUAAAGUGUCCAACAGAAGACAUGUCCGACUCAAAGAUAAAAGAACUGUUUGGUCGCUAUGGCGAUGUGUUGGAUCUUGAUCCCCACACUACUGACUCGUCCAUUGUCUACGUGGUCAGUGACCCACCUCACUGCAUUCUGAACUCUCUCUCUCUCCCUCCCUCUCCCUCCCUCUCCCUCUCUCUCCUGGCAGACUAUGGAUGUGAAGGGAGCAGAAGAGGUGGUGGCCAAUUUGAACGGCUACCAGACUUCCCCGGGUCACCGUCUAGUGGUCGAGAAAUACAGAGCGCGUUCUCCCUCCCCUCCUCCCCAACCGCCCGCUGCCGCCAGCGCCCUCGCAGACCUGGCGGGAGUGGAUCACGUGAAGCUGUUCGUCAAGAACAUGUCCGCCGAUCACAACCCCGCGAACCUCAGAACGGUCUUCAGCCGCUACGGCCAAGUCCUGAAAAUGGUCUCUGACCCCAAGAGGAAAAAUGUCACUUACAUUUUCAUGGAUGCCGAGGGGGGAACUAAGGCCGUCAACAACCUUCACGGAAAAGCCAUUUCAAAGAACGGAAAACCUCUGGUUGUAGAGCCAAGCUAUGAUCCGAGAAAUAGAUGAUCCUCGUACAUUUUUGAACUGUUUACUCCAUCAGCUGUCUCUGUAUUAUACCAAUUAUUUAACACCAUAAUAAAUAUUUUUCUCUUUGUAUCAUCAACCCAUAAAUUUAAAUUUUAAUUGACCCUUGCCUUUAAAUCUGAUUUUUAAUAAGAAAACAAUGACAGUGUAUUUCAUGUGAAUCGAUCACUUCUGUUGCCAGAGGAGCGGUCGUCUGGAUUGUGGUCUGGGGAUAUGAGUGCAUGUGAUGAUGGCCGUAUGGAACCGAGACUGUGCCUGGAGUAGACCGAGUCCUGGGGCCUUAGUCCCUGCCCCGCCAGCCGCCACCCCUGGGGUGUGGCUGUCUGACUUAACUUUGAAAACGGACCUCCGAAUCCCAGUCUGCUCCCUCCCUUCAGACACCUCUUCUCCCUCAUCGUUAGUAGAGGGGCUCUCUCUCCUCUGUGGCAGGCUUGAGAAGGCCUCUCCCUCGUCGGAAGGGGGGCCCCUGUGAUAAUGUCACAGGGAACUGGUCGCAGAUACUGCCUGCUGCGAAGAAGCACAGUUUCCGGGCUCCAGUUUACAUUGUUGCCGUCGUGUGGAGGAGGGAGAAUCCACUGCUGUUGGCUCUUGCCACGAGUGGUAAUAGGCUUCAGAGACUCCUCAGUAGAGGGCAGCUUGCUGGGUGAAUCCUCCACCACUCCGUUCUGUACUAUCUCUAUUUUCUUCUGCUCCUUACCACUGUCAAUGAACAACAUAAGAGUGUAAGAUGCUGAUGUUUUUGAUGAAACUGACCUUUCUAGAUUG